AUGGCGGCAGCGGUUGCAGAUCUGACGGUGACGGCGGAGAAUGUGGGCGCGUCGGGCGAGUCGAAGGUGCUUCAGGCCAUUCGGUAUUCCCGAGGGAAGCUCGAGCUGCUGGACCAGCGGAAGCUUCCUCACGAGUCGAUCUACCUCGACAUCCCAACCACCGAAGCUGCCUGGCACGCCAUCAAGGACAUGGUGGUGAGGGGAGCGCCGGCGAUCGCCAUCGCAGCAGCGCUGGCGCUGGCAGUGGAGGUGCACCAGCACAGCGUGUUCGAAUCCGCGGACGCCGCCGUGAAGCACAUCACGGACCGCCUCGACUAUCUCGUGUCCAGUCGCCCCACGGCAGUGAACCUAUCAGACGCAGCAGAGAAGCUAAAGAAGGUGGCGGAGGAUGCAGCCAAGGAGGAACCCACGCCCGAGGCGGUAGUGCUGGCGACGGUGCUGGCAGCUGAGGUGAUGCUGAGUGAUGACGUGGCGGCCAACAAGCGCAUCGGGGCAUUUGGCGCACAGGCCAUGGUGGAGGCGCUGAGGCAGAAGGGCGUUGAGGGGAAGAACCUGAGGGUACUCACCCACUGCAACACCGGCAGCCUGGCCACAGCCGCCUAUGGUACCGCUCUGGGUGUCAUCCGCUCUCUGCACGCGCAAGGCCUGCUGGAGACAGCCGUGUGCACAGAGACGCGCCCGUACAACCAGGGCUCGCGGCUGACAGCAUUUGAGCUGACUCACGACGGCAUCCCCGCGCUGCUCAUUGCUGACUCCGCCGCUGCCUCGCUCAAGGCUGCUGGCCGCAUUGAUGCUGUUGUCGUGGGCGCCGAUCGCAUCGCUGCCAAUGGUGACACUGCCAACAAGAUCGGCACGUACUCACUGGCGCUGUCAGCCUUCCACCACAAGACGCCCUUCUUCGUGGCGGCACCGCUGACGUCCAUCGAUGCGGCGAUCAAGACGGGCGAGGAGAUCGUGGUGGAGGAGAGGCACGCCGCUGAGCUCACCCACUCGCUGGGAGGUGCUGGGCCUCAGGUGGCGCCUCACGGCAUUGAUGUGUGGAACCCGGCGUUUGACAUCACACCAGCGCAGUUCAUCACAGGGCUCAUCACCGACAAGGGCGUCAUCUGGAAGAAGGAGGGCGCAUCAGUCUUCGACAUCCGCGGCUUCCUCCACUCCCUCGGCGCCCCCGUCCCCUCCUCGCCCAUGUACCCACCGCCCGCCAACAACCCGCACCCCAAGGAGGACGACGCGCAGCCGCACGACCCCCACAAGGACCGCAUCCGCAAAGACGCACUGGAAGCCUCUCGCUUCACGCCCGUCAGCGAGCACACCGUGCCUGCCUUCCUCCAGGACCACCCGGACCUCGCCGCCAGGCUCGGCGGCGGCCCGGACCAGUGGUCCGUGCGGGAGGUGGGCGACGGAAACAUCAACUUCGUGUAUAUCGUAGAAGGGCCGGGAGGGGCCUUAGUGGUGAAGCAGGCUCUCCCAUACGUGCGAGUGGUGGGUGAAUCCUGGCCCAUGACUCUGGAUAGGAUUUACUAUGAGGCGCUCGCGCUGCGGCAGCAGUUUGCGUGGGUGCCUGAGCUGGUGCCCGAGGUGUAUUUCUUUAGUCACCCGAUGGCGCUGCUGGUGAUGCGGUAUGUGGCGCCGCCGGCGAUCGUGCUGAGGAAGGGGCUGGUGCAGGGGCGCGUGUACCCGCUGCUGGCGGAGCACAUGUCGUCGUUCCUCGCCAGCACGCUGUUCCUCUCCUCGCUCAUUGCCAUCAACACCGAGGUCUACCGCGACAAAGUGCGCGAGUUCUGUGGCAACGUGGAGAUGUGUCGGCUGACGGAGCAGGUGAUCUUCACGGAGCCCUACGUGCUGGCCACCAACAACCGCUGGACCACUCCCCAACUGGAUGACGACGCUGCUGCUCUGAGGGAGGACGUGGAGCUCAAGCUCGCCAUCACAGAGCUCAAGAGCAAGUUCUGUGAGCGAGCACAGGCGCUGCUGCAUGCGGAUCUGCACACAGGCUCAGUCAUGGUCACGGAGGAAUCAACGGUCGUGAUCGACCCGGAGUUUGCGUUCUACGGUCCGAUGGGCUUUGACAUCGGGGCCUUCCUGGCCAACCUGCUGCUGGCCUAUUUCAGUCAGGACGGCCAUGCCACGGCUGAUGACUCUCGUGCUGCCACCAAGAAGUGGAUCCUGCAGUGCUUCACGGAGACGUGGCAGAAGUUUGAGGCCAAGUUCCUGGCGCUGUGGAAUGACAAGGCGCUGGCCAAGGGAGACGCGUACCCGCAGGCGCUGUACCGCGACAACGCCGCGCUGCUCUCCGCCGCCCAGACCGCCUUCCUGCGCGAGGUCUUCCUUGACUCGCUGGGAUUCGCCGGUGCCAAGAUGGUCAGGCGCAUUGUUGGCAUUGCGCAUGUGGAGGAUCUGGAGUCCAUUACAGACCCUGAUGUGAGGGCAGCUUGCGAGCGCAGGGCUCUCAAUUUCGGCAAGCACCUCAUCAAGGAAAGGCAGAAGUAUAAUAGCAUUGCGGAGGUGGCUGCAGCUGUGGAGGCAAUAGUAUAG